CACGUGGAUGCGAGGGCUGUGUAAACCACAAAAAUUUACCUCACUACUUUGUUGGCAUAUUUUGACACAAUACAUGACUUUCUAUCAAGCUUUAAGUCUUAAAAUAACAUCUUAAACAAGAGAUUGGGCUGUUCAAUGUGGUUACCCACGUCGUGAAAUUCGAUAGGAUCAUGUGAUGGGGUGAAACCUUCGGCACUCAAACAUGGCGUUUAUCUGGGCAAUCUUUCUGCCGUUGUUUGCUCUCUUAGGACGAUCUGAAUCUCGCUCUUUCGUAAUAGACUACGAAAACGAUUGUUUCCUAAAAGAUGGCCAGCCAUUACGUUAUAUUUCCGGAAGCCUUCAUUACUUUCGUGUUCCGAGUUUCUACUGGAAAGACCGACUUAUGAAAAUGAAGGCAGGCGGUUUAAACGCUGUUCAGACAUACGUUGCCUGGAAUAUUCACGAACCAGUUCAGGGAAAGUACAACUUUGAUGGAGAUGCAGAUAUUGUAAGUUUUAUUGAGCUUGCAAACAGGCUCGGACUGCUUGUUAUAGUAAGAGCUGGUCCUUACAUUUGCGCCGAGUGGGAGUUCGGGGGUUUUCCAGCUUGGCUGUUGAAGAAUACAUCGAUAUCACUGAGGUCUACAGAAAGCAAAGAGUACAUCAUGGCUGUAGAGAAUUGGCUGGGAGUUCUUUUGCCGCUACUGAAACCGUUCUUGUACGAAAACGGAGGCCCUAUUAUAUCAAUCCAAGUGGAGAACGAAUAUGGAAGCUUCCCAGCUUGUGAUCACUCUUAUAUGGAGCUUCUGGCACAAUUAUUCAGGAAUUAUUUAGGGAAAAAUGUUAUUUUAUUUACCGUUGAUGGUGACGGGGAAUCUUAUUUAGAAUGUGGCACAGUAUCGUUCCUCUAUGCAACUGUCGACUUUGGGCCCGAAACUGACCCAGAAAGUGCCUUUGCUGUCAUGCGCAAGUUUUCUCCUAAGGGACCCCUCGUCAACACCGAGUUCUAUGCUGGUUGGUUAGAUAACUGGGGAGAACCUCACCAGACGAGGGCAGCCAUGCCAAUCGCCAACACACUGGACAAAAUCCUGUCCAUGAAUGCAUCUGUAAACUUUUACUUGUAUGAAGGAGGUACCAAUUUUGGUUUUAUGAAUGGUGCACAAUAUAGUGAUGGAGUUCUUCAUCCUAACCCCACCAGUUAUGACUAUGAUGCACCCUUAACAGAAGCUGGUGACACCACCCCAAAAUUCAUGAUUUUACGGGAAAUAAUUUCCAAGCAUGAAGCAGUUCCUGUAAUACCUAUCCCAGCUAAUACAACAAAGUUUGCAUAUGGCAAAGUUCAGAUGACACAAAUGUCAACAUUGCUUGAUCUUUUGCCCAGGCUUGCAGCACCAUAUGGCCCAGUGAAUUCAACAUUUCCUUUAACCAUGGAGCAGAUUGAACAAAACUAUGGGUUUGUUCUUUACAGAACAGAGAUCCCAAAAGGUUUUGCUCAAUCAACUGUGACCCUGACCAUUGCCAGUGUCCCCCGUGACAGGGCCAUUGUCUACGUGGGAAGGGUUCGUCAGGCUACCUUGUACCGUAAUCCAAACCAGACUGACGUUACCCUGCAUAUGGGAGAAUUCUUGCAGCUUGACAUUCUUGUUGAGAAUGAAGGGAGAAUUAACUAUGGGCCCUCCGUUUGUGAUCCAAAAGGAAUUGUUGGAAAUGUAACAAUCAAUGGAAAUAUAUUAGCAAAUUGGCAAAUUUAUCCAAUAAACUUGACCAGUGUUGUUUCAAACUUGACAUCCCUCCUUCCAAAUGAAUUCAACGAUGUUCUUGACCCUUUCACCACUGAUAACUUUUCACCAUCAUUUUUUCAUGGAGAGAUUCCACCAAACGCGAGGGGAAAUGCAUCUGACACAUUUCUUCAGCUUCCACGAUGGAGUAAAGGACAGGCAUUUGUCAAUGGCUUUAACCUGGGUCGCUACUGGCCUGUAGUUGGUCCUCAGGAGACUUUAUUCGUACCAGCCAGUGUGCUCUCACCAAAUCAACAGCCCUCUUCAUUGGUGUUACUUGAACUGGAUGGUGCUCCUUGUGAAUUUCCUUCAAGCUGUUUUGUUGAAUUUGUGGCAAACCCAUCUCUAAAUGGAACAGUUCACCCCAUACACUGAAGUUAUGUUUGACCAUUACAGGCAGGGGUCUAAGAAUGUUAAUUUGAUAGGAGGUUCAAACACUGAUACAGAAGAGACAGAAUUUCUUGUUUUUUUACUCUACAGAAUAUUUUUAGACAAGUAAAUUUUAAAUACUACAUAAUUGAUUAACUUUUAAAUGCAAUCCUGCCAUUGCAAGUAUUUCAGUGUCACAUAAGAAGUAGAAGAAGCACUUAGGUCAGAUAAGGGGGUGGGGUGGGUGUCUAGACUUCCUUGGAUCCUCCCCCUGAAUUUGCCAGAUUGGUGCAUAAUUCUAUUUACAGAGGGGGCCUUCUCAGGAGAAUGUGCCUGACCAA